AUGGCUAGCGCUGGUGGAUCGGGUGACCUGGGGAAGGAGAAGGAGGGAGGUAACUCCACCAUUGAUGGAGGGUUUAUAGCGAAAUUCAAGAAGAUGGUGCUGACUGAGAAGGAGAACAAAGUCCUCGUAAUGGAGGAUCUUGAGGACGAAGAAGGCGAUCAGAUCGCAGUGGUGGGUAAGAUCCUGUCACCCACAAAAUUUCACAUCCAGACGAUCAUUAGCACGCUUCGACCCCAAUGGGGUAACCCAAAGGGCCUGGAAUUCAAGGAAAUGGGGGACAAUGUUCUCAUGGCGACUCUGGAAAGGGAGCAAGAUCGGAAACGUAUCUGGGAGGGGGCGCCAUGGAUGAUUAAUAACCAUGCAGUGGUUUUGGACGACUUUGUGUCCAGUAUGCGACCUUCUGAGGUCCGCUUUAGCAGAAUUCCGAUCUGGAUACAAUGCCAUGAUCUGCCUUUCAACUGGCUCAAUGCAAAAAGGGCGGAAAAUAUAGCAAAGCAGAUCGGUACUUUCAUAAAGCUUGAUACAUCUGGGAAUAGCAGAGGAUGGGGCCAGAGCUUGAGGGCGAGAAUUUGGCUAGAUGUUGAGGAGCCCAUCCAACAUUUUAUACAGAUAGACUCACAGAAGAGAAAGGAGUUGAUCCCAUAUCCUAUUGUAGAUGAGAAGCUACCGUAUUUCUGUUUCUAUUGCGGGAGGAUUGACCAUUCGACGGGGUUCUGCUUAACCCCGGCUGAGAGAGAUGAGGAGGGGAACUGA